AACAUCCCUCAAAUCCUCAAUAGUCUUCUUUCGACUUUAAUGUGAAACACUUGAUCCGCUACAAUAAAUAUGGACAAAGGGAGAGAUCACAACUGGGGAGACUACUACUACCAAGGAAAACGACCUUCUGGAAGAAAAGCGUGGCUUCUUGAGGUUGUCCAUUUUAUCAAUCAAUCCAUACCAACUUUCAACGAGAUUUUUGAUGAGGAAACAUUCUACGUUUUCGCAUUUUUGGUCGUUGUGUUUUCGAUUCUGACUGCAGUAUUCUUAUCCAAAGUGGUUAAUUUUGUUGUUAAGCAACUGAUGCCCAUUAAGAAUCAUGCUCAUGUUCAUCAAACUUCGAUAGAUAUCAGCGCGGACUUCCGACACUUCAAUAAAGUUUCUCAGGCGUGCUGA